AUGCCCUACCUCACCCGCGCCAACACGCGCCUCUACUACGCCACCCACGGCACGACCGGCCCACCCCUCCUCCUAACCCACGGCUUCUCCAGCACCUCGGACAUGUGGGCCGAGCAAAUCGCGCCCCUCUCCGCCCACCACCGCCUCAUCCUCUGGGACAUGCGCGGCCACGGCCAAUCCGACUACCCCGUUGACUCCACGGCCUACAGCGAAGACCAAACCGUGCACGACAUGCUCUUCCUGCUCGACACCCUGGCCCCAGACUGGCCCCGCGCCAUCGUCGGCGGCCUCUCCCUCGGCGGCUACAUGUCCCUGGCCUUCUACCUCCGCUUCCCCACCCGCGUCAGCAAGCUGCUCAUUAUCGACACGGGGCCAGGCUUCAAAUCCGCCGACGCCCGCGCCGCCUGGAACCAGACCGCGCACGCGACGGCGCAGCGCUUCGAGCGUGAGGGCCUCGCCGUGCUGCGGGACGCGAGCCCGGAGCGCGCGCGCGUCACGACGCACCGCAAUGCCGAGGGGCUGGCGCGCGCGGCGCGCGGCAUGCUGGCGCAGCGGGAUGACCGGGUCAUUCGGGGUCUGGAGCGGGUGAAGGUGCCGAGUUUGGUGGUGGUGGGGAGUGAGGAUCGGCCGUUCCUGGCGGCGAGUGAGUAUAUGCACAAGAAGAUUGGGGGGAGUAGGAAGGUGGUGAUUCCGCGGGCGGGGCAUGCGGCGAAUAUUGAUAAUCCGGAGGACUUUAAUCGGGCGCUGUUGGAGUUCUUGGGAGAGGGAGAUGGGGAGAAGGCGAAGCUGUGA